CCUUAAUAUCACAUCAUGUCUACAUCACCAAGCAUUUAGGAGAGUUCAACCUCCAUCUACUCUGAUCUCCACCCCGCCGAUGGCGCCCGCAUCUUCCACGUCUACCACUCCAAAUCCCACUUCAACCUCUCCAUCUCCAAUCCCGACAAAUCGCCCCUCUUCUUCGUCAAAAACUCCUCCUUUACGCCCCGCAAACCAGACGUGACAUUCCACACAGGGACAGACCAAUCCGGCCCAACGGCAGCAGUAUGUAAAUUUAUGAAAUCAUCCUCUCUGCUGAAAAUCGGACUGGGCGAUCCAGACGAUCCCAACGCGAUGAUAUGGGAGGAAAUGACGAAGCAAACGUGGGAUCAUUCAAACUACAGAUGGGAAAUGACUAUUCACCCUCCAUCGGGGCAUCCAGAACGACGAUCGUUUCUGUGGAAGCGAACGCACUCGGUUGGAGUGGAGGAGUCGAUGCCGGCGAAGCUUAGCCAGAGGAAUUUCAAACUGGUUGAUGAGCGCACGGGAGAGUUACUGGCAGUGUAUGCGAAUAAUGGCGCGAAGAGUUGGAAGAAGGCAGGCAAGCUUCAGAUUAAUAAGGAUUUUGGAAGAGAUUGGGAUACGAUGGUUUUGUUGACGGGAUUGUCGUUGCUGGAGAAGGAGAGGAGGAGGAGUCGAAAUAGCAGUGGAGGUGGAGGUGGAGGGGGAGGAGGAUAGCUUGCUAGACUGCAGACUGCAGACUGGCAUUUAAUGAUACCUUGGUUGUUUUAUUUAACUAUGGUGAGAUUGUCUGUGCUGUAGAGAGAGCAGUCACUGCCAGAGUGACUGUCAGUGACUGCCUUCUUCACUGCCUCAAUUCGUUCCUUCCGAUUCACGCUUCAAUCGCAAUUAAAAGAACCCAACCUUCCUCUCCUCUCCUCUCUUCCCUCUUCAUAUCUCAUUGUCUACCUCAACAGGAAAGCUGCCAAAAUCCUUCAAUAUAUCCACGAUGGAUUGUUACUGCCUCGACGGCACUCAUCUUUGAAUUAUCUGGGGGCUGUAACCCAAUACAAAAGCAUUACAUCUAUCAAUGGAACAGCAACAGUAGCCCAUUGUUAUACCUCUCGGC